CUCACACUUCUCACCCUCAAAAUACGGAACCGACUCCACACUACCACCACCACCACCACCACAACCAAACCACCUCUCCACCACCGUCUACAGUGGCCGGAGCUCAUCACUUCCUCGCCGUGUUUUUAGGACUCUCGAUCCGCUUCUUCCGCCUUGCCAUAUAUAGGUCCGAAAACCACUUUUAGAGAGAGAGAGAGAAGAGAGAGAGACCGAUUGAAGACGAACGGCGAUCCUAGAGAGAGAAAAUAAGAACAACAGAAUUUCUACAUAGAGAGAGAGAGAGAGUGGCGGUUAAGAUCGUUGUGUUUGUUUACAUUUUUCUUUCUUCGUCAUCGAGAAGUUGUGAUUGCGUCAAAUAUUUGGAGUUUUUAGCUUUUAGUUUUUUUUUCUUUCAAAAAAAUUCAAAUCAAUCUUCGUAGCAUUGAGGUUUUGACGUAUUUCAAUUUCAUCGCGAUAGUUAGUAGUCAACAGUUACAGCGGUUAUUGGUCUUUGAGUUUCGUAUCAACCAGUCAAUUAUGUCGGUUUUGUUCGAGUAAAAACAGAGAUAAUCAACGAAGUACUUGUCUCUGUUUUGGUGUUUGAAUUGAAGUGAUAGGUUUAGUUUAGCGUGAGAUUUAGAACAAGGUUUGAAGAAAAUGGAACAGAAACCGUUUUUGAUGUCUGCGUUGGGAGUUGGGAUAGGAGUUGGGGUUGGGAUUGGUUUGGCUUCAGGGCAGAGUGUGAGCAGUUGGGCUAAUUCUGGUUCUUCAAACGCCAUUACGCCCGAGAGAAUGGAACAUGAGAUGCUCAAACUUGUUCUUGAUGGUAAAGAUGGCAAAGUCACCUUCGAUGAAUUCCCGUAUUACCUCAGUGAGAAGACAAGGAUGUUAUUGACAAGUGCUGCCUUUGUCCAUUUGAAGAAAUCUGACUUUUCUAAGCACACACGGAACCUUCCUCCUGCGAGUCGUUCUAUUUUGCUUUCAGGACCUGCUGAACUUUACCAGCAAAUGCUUGCAAAGGCUUUAGCUCAUUACUUUGAAGCCAAGUUGCUGCUGUUGGAUGUAACUGACUUUUUACUAAAGAUCCAGAACAAAUAUGGGAGUGCCAACAAAGAAGCUAUGUUCAAAAGAUCCAUUUCAGAGACGGCAUUAGAGCGAAUGUCUGGUUUGUUUGGAUCGUUUUCAAUUCUUCAACCAAAGGAGGGAAAAAAAGUGGGCUCUUCUUUAGUUACAGGCACAUUGCGUAGGCAAAGCAGUGGGGAAGAAGUUGGAUCAAGGGGAACAGAAUGUUCUUCCAAUCCUUCAAAGCUUCGUCGAAAUGCUUCUGCUGCAGCUAAUAUGAAUAACCUUGCUUCCCAAUCCUCUUCCGCAAAUCCAGUUCCUCUCAAGCGCACAAGCAGCUCUUUUGAUGAGAAGCUUCUUGUACAGACACUUUACAAGGUCCUGUUUUCAAUAUCAAAAACCAAUCCCAUUGUGCUCUAUCUUAGGGAUAUUGAGAAGCUCCUCUUUAGGUCACAAAGGAUAUAUAACUUGUUUCAAAAAAUGUUGAACAAACUGUCAGGACCAGUGCUGAUCCUUGGUUCACGAGUUGUGCAUGGGAACGACUAUGGACAAGUGGAUGAGAGGCUUACUGCUCUGUUCCCUUACAAUAUUGAAAUCAGGGAACCCGAAGACGAAACACAUCUUGUCAGCUGGAAGUCUCAACUUGAGGAGGAUAUGAAGAUGAUCCAAUAUCAGGAUAACAAAAACCACAUUAUUGAAGUACUUGCAGCUAAUGACCUUGACUGUGAUGAUCUGGGUUCAAUCUGUGCAGCAGACACGAUGGUUCUUGGUAACUAUAUAGAAGAAAUUGUAGUAUCUGCAGUCUCUUAUCAUUUGAUGAAUAACAAGGAUCCUGAAUACAGACACGGAAAGCUAGUUAUUUCAUCCUCAAGUUUGUCCCAUGGUUUGAGCAUAUUCCAGGAAGGCAAGUCUUCUGGCAAGGAUACUUUAAAGCUGGAAGUGCAGACUGAACCUUCUAUGGAUGCACCAAGGGAUGAGGCUGUUGCUGUGAAGCCAGAAACAAAAGUCGGAAGCACAGUCCCUGAGGCAUCAGCUUUAACAGAGACAUCAGCUUCAACAGUGAAGGAUGCUGGCAACUCAGCGCCAGCAUCGAAAGCUCUGGAGAUUCCUCCUGACAAUGAAUUUGAGAAGCGCAUAAGGCCAGAAGUCAUACCAGCUAGUGAGAUCGGUGUGACAUUCAAAGAUAUUGGUGCUUUGGAUGAUAUUAAGGAAUCUCUCCAAGAACUAGUGAUGCUACCUCUUCGAAGACCAGACCUAUUCAAGGGAGGCCUUUUAAAGCCAUGCAGAGGAAUAUUGCUAUUUGGGCCUCCUGGCACUGGGAAGACAAUGUUGGCAAAGGCCAUUGCCAACGAGGCCGGAGCAAGUUUCAUUAACGUGUCUAUGUCUACUAUCACUUCAAAAUGGUUUGGUGAAGAUGAGAAGAAUGUUCGAGCCCUGUUUACUCUUGCAGCUAAGGUAUCCCCCACUAUUAUUUUCGUGGAUGAGGUCGAUAGCAUGCUUGGGCAACGUUCAAGAGCAGGAGAGCAUGAAGCUAUGCGAAAGAUAAAGAACGAGUUCAUGACUCAUUGGGAUGGACUCUUGACAAAACAGGGUGAAAAGAUUCUUGUUCUUGCCGCAACUAAUAGGCCAUUUGAUCUUGAUGAAGCAAUUAUUAGACGUUUUGAGAGAAGAAUCAUGGUUGGCCUACCAUCUCCCGACAAUAGAGAGAAGAUUUUGAGAACCCUUUUGGCAAAAGAAAAAGUUGAUGAAGCACUAGAUAUUAAGGAGCUAGCAAAUCUGACAGAAGGAUAUAGUGGAAGUGAUCUGAAGAAUUUUUGCACAACAGCUGCUUACAGGCCUGUUAGGGAAUUAAUUCGACAGGAGAGGCUAAAGGAUCUAGAGAGAAAGAAGAGAGCUGAGGAAGGACAGAAUUUGAAAGAUGCUGCAGGCACAGAAGAUGAUAAAGAAGAAAGAGUAAUCACAAUCAGGUCAUUGAACAUUGAAGACUUUAGGGAAGCAAAAUAUCAGGUUGCUGCAAGCUUUGCAUCUGAGGGAUCUGUAAUGAAUGAACUGAAACAAUGGAAUGAUUUGUAUGGAGAAGGUGGCUCAAGGAAGAAGGAACAGUUAACUUACUUCCUAUAGGAACAGUUCCUAUGACAGUAUUGAAAGCAAUCAACACAAUUGGCACUUGCCCCCUCUAUUUUUACAAACUAUUAGAGGGGAAGAAAAAUGAAGAAAAGAGAGAGAAUGAAAAGGAGAGAAAAAGAGGAGAUUGCUUUAUCGUUUUUGUUUUUGUUUGUGUUUUUGUUUUUGUUUUUGCCGUGAACUAAAGGUCUCAAGUCGAUGGAAAACGUCAAAACAGUAGGCUUCUUAGUAGUAAAACUAGGAGUUGAGAACUGUAUAACAUAUUACUAUACUACGUUAUUGGGGAGAUGUCUUACUGAUCUUCAAACCAUGUUGUUGUGUUGUAAAACCAAAUAGACCAAGGUCACCUAGUUUGUCAAUGUCGAGUGUCAUCUGUAUGUUCCAUUGUCUUCAGAAUUCAUUAGAAGAAUAAGCAUUAUUGUUCUAAAGCCGUGAGGAAAAGACAAAGCAUAGUGGUUGAACUGCUUCCUUACUAGCCGUAAAGUUUGGGUUCGAGUUCUUUUCCUAUUCUCCUUUCUUGUAUUGAAAGUUUCCUAGAUAUUUCUGUCCC